AUGGCGCCCUUCCAACUCCUCGACCCCAGAGAGGAGGAGGAACUCCAUAAAUCACGCCUCCUCAACAUCGAGGAGAAGCCAUUCAAGCGCAUCACAAAACGCAUGCAGACACUCCACGCCGCUGCAAGGUGGGGGAAGCAACCGAAACCAGCAAACGCGACAUCAGUAACCAGCCCGACCGCCGCCGACACGAAUCAGAAUGGCACCACCACCACCACCAGCCGACCACCGACAUCGGGCGGUGCACCACCGCCGCCGGCGUCGGACGAGCUGCAGAUGCUGCGGCAGGAGCUGACGCUCGACUUUGCCGCCUUUGACAGCACCGUCGCGCGGCUGCAGUUCCUGAUGCGGGCCAACGAGGAGGAGCGCCGGCGGUACGGGGAGGACCGGGAGCAGAUCCUGGCCGAGUGCGAAGAGGUGCGGAGCAACACGGGGUCGCUGCGGACGCAGCUGGACGAGGCGCGCGCGCGGCUCGAGCAGCGCAAGAAGUUUGAUGUGCUGGCCGAGGGCAUCACGAGCAACCGCAUGCUCAAGUCGCGGGCCGACCAGGAGCGGAACCUGUCCAAGUUGGCCGAGGAGUGCGCGCAGCUCCAGGAGGAGAUUAGCCAGAACGCCACGACGUUGCGUGAGCGCAAGGAUCAGUUUGAGCGCAUCAUGGACGAGGCCCACCGCCUGCGCAGGCAGAUCCGUGACGAGAACGACGAGGUCGACCGGAGAGAGGGCAUGGGCGAUGACGAGGGCGGCGAGGCGGACAGUCAUACCCCGAGGCACGGAAUCGCCAGUGGAAAUGCGACGCCACUACCCCACGCUGUGCCGCAGAGGGCCCUAGCUGGAUCUACGCUCGGCAGUAGGACACCCGUGCGGGAGAGCCCGGCUCCACAGGACUCGCUCAAGCCGACUCCCGACCCGGUGGGGAGCUUUAGCCAGGGUGGUGGUCGGAGUGAUAGCCAAGAUGGCUCGGGUGCCACGCCGGCGGCCUCGACAGGCGCGGAUGCCCGUAAUGGCGAUGGGGAGGGCGAGGACGUCGAGAUGGACGAUGUGGGCGAUAGGCAGACUGGCGAUGACGGGACCCCGAGAAACACGGAUACCCAGGGUGAGGGUACACCGCGGAUAAUGGUCGAUGGUCCACAAGUCGUGGAGGAGAAGAUGGAUACCACCUAG